GAAAGAAAGUUCUAAGAAACUUUAAAGAAUAUCGCAUAAAAUUAUUUUUUAUUUUUACCAUAGAUGGCUGCAUGUGUGGCAAGAAUAUAAAAUAGAAAAUAUUUAAUUUCGAAGACGAUUCUGUUAUCUGGAAGGAACUCGUAUAAGAUCUUCAAACUGAAUUAGGCUCUCGAAAUGGAGUUAGCAUUUGAUGUCUUCUCUCCUCCUGGUGAUAGAGAACAAAAUUUGCCUCCAGUUAUUCUUCUUCACGGAAUGAUGGAUUCUAGAAAAACCUGGAAAAAACUGGGUCCGCAAAUUGCGAGGAAAACUGGGCGUAAGGUGUAUGCUGUGGAUGCUAGAAACCACGGGGAAAGUCCUUGGAGUGAUGACUUCAAUUUCGACAUUUUGGCGGAGGAUUUGGACCAUUUUUUAAACUGUCACCAAAUAUCUCGCGGUACGCUGGUUGGACACAGCAUGGGAGGAAGAACAGCCCUCACUCUUGCUCUUAGAAAGCCGGAAAAGGUAGAAAAAUUAAUCGUUGAAGAUAUGACGCCUCAAAAUUUUAGUGUCCGUUCUUCCGGAAUAGUGAUACAAAUGCUGCACUUGCUCAAAGAGUCUCUGAAUGCCAUUCCGCUUGGAGCAGAUGAAAGGACAGCGAAGAAAGCCGUUGUGCAAUUUAUGGUUAAACUGUUGCCACCAGAGCAAAUACCAGUUGAUAAACGGGACAAUUACGACUUAGAUAUGCUUCCACUCAAACGCGUUGGUGACAAAUAUUCAUGGAAAACUAAUUUAAAUGCUCUAGAAAGUUUUCUUAAUUCAGCAGAGAGAAUGCAUCAGGAUCUUUCCGGAACAUUUAUGGGCGAAGCCUUAUUCCUGUAUGGAACAAAAUCGUUCUUUAAAGUAGGUAAAGACCAACUUAUCCCAAAAUUAUUUCCCGAAGCUGUCAAAAUUGGAUUUGAUGGAGCUGGCCAUCUCAUUCAUCACGAAUGUCCAGAUAGUUUCGUGGAAGAAGUGACGAAAUUCAUUAAUGGAUACUAUAAUCAAAAAUCUAAAUAUUGAUGCUAAAAAUGGAUUGAAUGAAAGAAUGUAUCCUUGCGAGCUAUUUGAACUUUUAUUUUGCUGUAUUACAAAUUCAUGUACGAAUGCAAUAUGUGUAUCAAUAUGUAUACCUUUGACUGACUGUGUAUUAUUAUGUCAAUGUUGUAAUUUCACUUAUGAAAUAUGUAUGCUUAUUUUGCUGAUACAAUAAGAAGUUACUAUUUUUUUAUAAAAUAUAAAUCUAUGAUAAAAUAAUCAUAA